AUGCCGGACGACUGUUUCGAGUCUUUCGACUUUCGAGACGAUGAAUCCGGAUAUCCAGAAAACCCUCCGCCGCCCAAGACGGUGUCUCCUCCCUUGUAUUUGGGAGGGCAUUUCUCAUGCUCAGAAACGGUCCAGCCUGCGCAACUCAGCAAUCUGUGGACGCCAGAACUGCCGAUGGAGCACUGCUACCCGGGAGGACAGCCUCUCGAUGGCACCGCGCCUCCAGACUUUCAGUUCAGCCCGGGAUUUGCAGCACGGGCGUCACCUCAGGGUUCGAUCAGCAACGUUGCCGCUCUCCCUCCGAUACAGCCUCACGCAAUCUCUGACUCUCUCGUUGCUGCAGAGCCCAACCGGCUAGCCAUGAGCGAGUAUUGCUCUCCCCGACGAUCACGUGGGGCAUCCCACGGCAAGAAACGGGCCGUCGGUUUGUCUGUGCUGAGGGCGAAAUGGCAGGUCCCCAGGAAUCCCACAGACGAAGCCGUAGCCAAAUGCGACUCCCACGGUCCAGGCAGGUCGACCAACCGCGGCCGCAUGGCCGUCCCCCAAGCAGACAUGGUGAAGCGCAAGGCGGAGGACAGGGCCCCGAAUCCCUCCGCUUUCGAUUCCACGGAUUCCGAGCUCUCUCGGGGGAGCACGACGAGCGUUUCCAGCAGAAGUACUGACAGCGGAUACGGCUCCGCCUUUGAGUCUCCUCCGUUCUGGCCCUCCAGCCGCACUCCGGACUCGCUCGUUGCCGCCGUGCCUCCUGCAUCGAAAAAUAUUUUGUGCGAGACCAUCGAAAAAGCAGGCGCAUGGACGGAGCCUGAGACGUCGAUCGAGCUUCCGUCUCGACCGAAACCUUUGCCAUCCAAUCAUGACCGGAGCGAAUCGGUCAGCGGUAUAGGUCACACCACGACGGCAAGUGAUGGGUCCUCGACCACGUGCAUUUCGCAGCCAACUCCCAACGGGGAUUUUUCGUGUGGGCACCGGGGCGUAAAUGCUUCGACACACUCUUCGAAAAACACGGCAGACGCCACAACGAUGGAUAUCGAACCGGAGUGCGACGCCGCCAUGGCUCCUGGCUCUGAAGAGGCAGGUCAGUCUGCCGAGUCGGGGCUCUCGUACGCUGAAGACCUUGAGGGCGGCCGUCUUGCGGAUGCUGAACCGAACGAGACGGAUGGCUUAGAAACCGAGGAUGAGGACAUGGAUGCGCAAGAGCUUUCCAGAUCUCCCACUCCUUGGCCGGAAAGCUGGUACGAAGGGGGAAGUGAACUUGGGCUCGAGCGGUUCGCUGGCAGCAUUUUGGAAGCGUGCUUUCGUCGCCGAGCCGAGGCCUAUGGUGACGAUGCCAGCACCACGCAGUGUCCCAUGGACGGUGACACUGGCCGCCGAGAUCCACCAACAAGCGGAGCAUGGUCAACGACCGGUCAGGCAUCGCACUCUGGAGCCCCAGGCUCGGGCAACUGCCCAGCGAAACGGCCUCGAAGCGGUGGCUCUGGUGAUGACGACGGUGGCGAGGAUUCGCGGUCCCCGAAGAGGCGAGAUGUCAUGGGACCACCAGGCAAAGAUAUCAGCUGCAAGAAGUCCUACGCCUGCCCUUACCAAAAGCGCUUUCCCGGCGAGAGCCCGCUCUGUGGAAGGCCGCAUGGGUCGAAAACGGAAUUCGGCUGGGAUAGCGUCUCGCGGGUGAAGUUGGUUCCAUCGAGCCCCCUGCCUGACCACCACUGCCCAAACUGCUGGAAAGCGUACAAGAAGGUUGACGACGCUAAGAGGUGUCAGGAAACUAGGAAGUGCAUCAAGCGGCAAAGUCCCCCGAAGCUUUGGUUGUCGGCGUCCGAGACCGCGCAGCUCAAGGCGGAGCGGGUUGCCAACCAAAGCGACAACGCCUGGUAUCGGAUAUUCGGCAUUCUGUUCCCAGAUAUACCAGAGCACGGACCGGAUGGCUACAGGGCCAAGUACACGCCAUACUAUGUCUGGUCGCCGUGCCGCACGCCCAUGUCCAAUCAAUAUUCGAAUUUUCCCAACGGGCCAAGCCCCGACUUCAGCCCUGACAGCAUGUGGACUCCCAGUUCGGGGGGCAACCUGCCAACUUCCACGCCCCUGGACGGGAACGGAGGCGGUGCCAGUCCGGGAGAAAUAGCGCAGCGGGCUGACCGCAUGCUAACCCCGGGCCCUUCGCCGCUCCAAGAGCCACAGCAAGAGCGCGGGAGCCAGGCAAGCCCUCGGCCCGUACACACCGCAGCUGGGGAGGGGCAGGCCCCAGUUGACAACAUCGCUGUCUCUAAUCCGCCCGCCAUCGCCCCUCCGCCCAGCACCACGACGCUGCAGGCAAUAGACAUAUCCCUGCCGGAGCUGCCGGACGCGCCCCCCAGCUCCAUCCUAGACUUGGACAACCUCCUGUUCGGCGAGCAGGAUUUCGACUUCAGCCUCCCCCUCGCCGACCCGGUCCCAGACCCGGCCACACACCCCGAUCCCGAUCCCGAUCCUGCUCCGGCUCCCAAUUUCGCAGCCACAGCCGCACCAGCCGCCGGAUCACUGCCCACCCCAGCUUCCCACGCCGAACCCGACCAGCUCCCCACCCCGACCGCCGCCCUGCCCGACCAAUCGUCCCCGCCGACCUUGACCGUGUGCACCUGCUUCACGACCCCGCAACCGCAACAGCAGCAGCAGCAGCAGCAGCAACCGCAGCAGCAGCAGCCGCCCCAGCGGCAGCGGUGCGUCUGCCGGCUGCAGCGGCACAACGCGGACCUGCGGGACGAGAACAAGCGGCUGCGGGGCGAGAACGAGCGGCUGCGGGCGGCGCUGGAGGCGCUGCGCGGCGCGCUGGACCGGCAGUUCGAGGUGCUGCAGGACGUCGACGACCAGGGCCUGGUGCCGGCCGACGUGAUGGAGCGGCUUUGGGACUGUCAGGAUCGGAUGCGGGGGUCGCUGCCCUGUUAA